AUGAAGAUUAUCGCAUUAUUCUUACUCGUACGGACCGUUCUGCAGUCAUGUGCCUCGCCGGCAAAUUUGGAUAUUGGCAGUGCCAACCACCCGGACUUUUUCCUGGAAACAGGGCGGGAAUGCACAUUGACUAGGAGCAUUUAUAGACCUAAAAGGAGCAAAGCAGAAGUUAUAAUAUCGCAUAGAGGAGGAACCCUGUGGAGUACAGGAGAGAAGGAUGAAUGUGUAAAUGUGCAAGUCUUCUCCAGGGACACAUCACCUCUCUUCCUCCACAUUGUAUUCGCCAGAGAUAAUGCAUUUGAGGAUGCCUAUUAUGUCUACGGGAAUAAAUGGGAGAUGUGUAGCGAGAAUGCAUUCAAAGAGGUGCUGGAAAUGGAGAGAAUAGAGGCUCUGAAUAUCGACUCUCCCAACCCAUUACUCGGGACUUUACAGAGAAAUGGAGACUUCGUCAAAGAAGAGACGUUUGCAUCUAGUGAUAAAUGCAUUAUUGGCAAAGUGGAACAUAAUGGAAAAACUUUGUGGGAGGGUGAAAGAGGAGAUUCACUCCUCUCAUAUACGCUCAUUUCAGAGAAUGACAAGGCAAUUCUACUACAUUUAGUGUAUAAAAGGGAUGAUAAACAGUAUGGAUCAUACUACCAUUACAGUGGAGACUGGAUUACAUAUACAGAGGGUGAGUAUAGGGAUGCAUUUGACAAGAGGGAGAAAAACAUUCUGGAUAUAAACUUCCCUAAUUCGCUACUUGGAAAUCUGACAAAGUACGGAGAUCCAGCAUACGGGGCCAUAUUCAUCUCUAAUGACAAAUUUAGAAUUACCAAACUGAGGGAUAAUGGAAUUACUAUAUGGGAGGCUAAAGAAAGGGAGUGCUUCAUCUACUCUAAACAAUUUCUGGAGAACGGCAAAGUAACUCUUCUCCAAUUAGUAACAACGAGUGGCGAAGACUUUUAUGAGCUCUCUGAUGGUACAUGGGAACGUAUCACAAAGAAAGAGUUUGAGAGGGACUCUGAUAUACUAAAGGCAAAGAUACUUUACAAGGAAGCUUAUACGUCGGUUAUUGACAUUUCCGUGCUGGAAAAUACUGCGUAUAAAGCUGUGGAACAUAAAUAUCUUGGGGUACCUGCAAUUUGGUUCAUUUCCAAUACCAACACAAGGCUAAUAUAUGACUCUGGACAUUUAAUCUACAAAGUUUGUCCAGAUUGCAAAUUGAACAAGGUAACUGUAUACCGUACAAAACAAUCUUUGUUGCUAGAUAUAAAUUAUACUGAAGUCGACAAAGAAAAUCAUGCUCAUUUUAUAAAAACUAAUGGGUUAUGGGAGACGAUCCUAGGAACUGACUUUGACAAAAUAUUACAAAGGGCUACGAAUCCAAUAAUGCCGCAUCGAAUAUCUUUAGACAUUAGAAUUCCAGAUGAAAAGAUUUGCAAGAUAGAGAAUACAGGGGAUCCAGUCUGUGAGAGAGUUAUAAUUCCAAAGAAUGAAUAUCGUGUCACAAAGGUGGUUGACAGAAAUAAGCUCAUUUGGGAAGCAGGGGAAUUCGAAUAUAUCCUUAAAGCCACAACAUAUUUGGAUAUCGGGAAACCAGUUCUUUUAAGCUUAAAGUAUGCUAAUGUGGAAAAGUAUUUUGGAUUAUCCAAUGGUUCAUGGAGCACACUCCGUAAGAGGAAUUUUGAUAAACAAGCGAAGAAACUAAAGGGAAGACGAAUUAUUGAUGUGAAUAAGAAAGAAGGCACCUUUUACACUUGCUCAGAGUACGUUCACUGUGGCAUUCCUACAGUCUCCUUUACUCCAAGAGGGAAAGUUAUGGUCAUCAAGGACGGAGAUCAGAUCAUUCACAGGUUUGAAAAGGAAAUAGAAAAUCCAACUAUACGUCUUUAUGUUGCCAAGGAGUUCAAACUACUUGCUUUAAGUUAUAUACAACAUAACAGAUUCAAAAAUAAUACUUAUAUUCAUCUAUAUUUCGAAAAGGCAGGAGACACAUGGAAACAAGUGAAUGAAGAGCGAUUCGAGGAACUGCUUAACUCACCGCAAUCAUCAGAAUCUGAAUUGAAGAAGAUACAGCGAUCAAACAUUUCCCUGGAUCUUUCCAAGGUAAAUCCAACCUAUUUCACAAUAGAAUGGGAUGGAUCAUUAUUAACUAUUACCCCUAAAGAGGGAUGCAAUGUGACAAAAAUCACUGAGAAGGAUGAUGGCAUAUGGGAAGCAGUAGGGAACGAAAAUACUGUGAUAGUUUGGAUACGUUACAAGAACAAAACACCAAGUCUCAUGCAUAUUCUUGUGGAGAAUUCUCCAGGGGCCAACAAACAUUUUGAGAAAAAACAAGAUGGCGAAUGGUUACCCAUUACAGAGGAAGAUUAUAAAAAUGCAGAACAGAAGCUAGUUGAAGAUUCCAAAUGACUGCUACGGUCGAUGGCAUGUCUUUACCAUUUGGUCUACAAGGGCCAUUAUAUGCAAUGCAUAGUCACUUUAAUAAAUGCAGUUUUCCUU